CUGGUGUGACGGUGCUCGGUCUCCGGUCCCAUGUACAGCCGAGCCCUGCAGAGACGGCAGCUCCGUCCGCGGAGCAGCCUAGCGAGAGCGCUGUAUCGGGUUCCUCAUGUUCCCAUCGAGCCUCCGCCUGCUGUCGCUGUGGCAAGGGCCCAUCUAGGCCAGAGACUCUUUCCAGUAAAAGUAGAAUUCUAGUGUGUGGCCUUUUCGUAAAGCAUCAGACUGUGAACGUAAAAAACUGGGGGUUCAAACUUUGGUACAAAAGCAGUCGGCUCUCAAGAAAAUGGCUUGUUUCAGGAUUUUACUACUCAGCUGUUUGAGGGAACUAAAACUAAACGUUUUAGAGGAUGCUUUUUUAGUAAAGAGUGCCAUUUCUCUGGAGGAGCUGAAAGAUCUUUGUAAAGAAGAUAAAGAAACUGUAAAUCCUUCAAAUCUUUUGCAGCUUUAUACACAGAUAGUCUUAGACAUCACAUAUUUUGAGGAGAACCAGCUUGCAGAUGAAGAUUUUCCAGAAGAUUCUUCCUUGCAGAGAGUUAAAGAACUUAUCAGUAUUCUUUCAGAACCAGAGGUUCUAGUUAAAGAAAGCAACGUGCAUCAAGAUCCAAUUGGUGUUCUUGGUACAGAGUUGUUAGAAUGUCUGUCCUGGAGACGAGGAGCUCUACUCUACAUGUAUUGUCACACUGUAAAAGAGAGAGGAUGCUGGCUAACAGAAAACACUGACUUGUUUAAAAAGUGUCUUAAUGAUGGAAUCCAUUACUUACUGAAGAUGCUAAGGUUUAGAUACCCUCCUCGGCUAAAUGAUGUCUCAUUUCAGGAUACAGACACAGCUAGGCUGCUCGGUGAAGGUAUAUUUAGUGAUACCCAUGUUCUGGCCAUGAUGUAUGUUGGAGAAAUGUGUUACUGGGGACUGAAGCACUGUGGAGAAGAAAAGCCUGGAACCUAUGAAAUAGAUUCUGAAUCUAAUACUGAACUGUAUUGCAGCUUACAUCGUGCAGUGCUGGAUUUCCGAGAAGUAGGAGAAAAGAUGUUAAUGAAAUAUGUAGCUGUGUGUGAGGGACUCUUAAAAGGACAAAACUGGAAUACAGCAAAUGCAAAACUAAUCUUGGACUACUUCAAGAAAUUCCAGAGCUAGCUUACCCGUUGCUGUUAUCCAUUUUUUACAAGAAAGUUGCAAUAUAUGAAGAACACAAGUAGAAAGGUCAACAUUAAACUGAGACAAAACACUAUUCAAAGCUCAGUAAUAUGACUGUUUUCCUUAUGUUAUUGGAAAUUUUACACCUACAAUUCUGAAAGCUACUGUGGAGAAUUGCUAUUCAUUGGGUUAAAAACAAUUUACAAUCUUGUAAGCCUCCAAUCAGGCCAACUGCCUGCCUUCUCAGUAUUAAAUUCUGAAGACGGUGGGUGUAUGGUGCGCAUUAACACACGCACAUGCGGUGCUGAAUGUUGAGUAGUCAUAGAACUGCUGGUUGUAUAAAGUGCUGAGGAGAACACAGCUGCUCUUCAGUCAUGGAUGACUAUAAUAGUGGAGAAAACUGUUGUUUAUGGUGGGGAUUUUUGUCGUGUGUACAGCUGUGACUCACUAUCACAUCAGAUGUGAACAGUGAGAGGCUAUUAUGGCUUUAGGUAAUGUGGUUAAAAUCUAAAUGUCCCUGUCCUGGUACAGAUCAUAAAAGCCCUUUCUAGUGCUGGG